CAUCUACCCGCCAACCUUCCACUUUCUCCUCCCUCCUGGCAGCCACCUCUUCUUCUUCAUCAUAUUCAUAUUCACUUCACUCCCUCCCAUCCCAUCCCCAGUUCUUAUAUAUAUAGAUGUUCUCAUCAAACGAAACCCUUCAUUCAUGUUUGUAUCAUUGUAUUCUAUACCAUAAACCAUAGACACAAUUAAUCCACCAUGGUUUCAUUCAACCUAUCAGACCAUCCUAACAAGAGAAAAAGAUUUCACCAUGCUGUGGAAGAAGAAGAAGAAGACGACCAGCAAAUAACAUCCCAAAGAGCCAAAACCAUCCAUUCUCUCCUUGGCAUUGAACUCCCCCUCUUGACUCCCCUCCCUUUGGAGUGGCAAAGAUGCCUUGACAUUAAGUCCGGGAGAGUGUACUUCUACAACACGAGAACACAUGAGAAGACGUCGAGUGAUCCAAGGCUGCGCCGCCGAGAGCCUCCGGCGAAUUUGGACCUCGAACUAAACUUACUCUGUGGGUCGUCCGAACGACACGUCGGCGACAAUUUCUCGGAGAUGACCAAAUUUUCCGGCGGCAUCCGAACAAGGGAUGACCAGUUGACCGCGAGUAAGAAUUCCGACGGCGGCGGGAAGAAGAGGAGGGGGGUGUUUCUAAGCCUGGCUCGAUCGCCGUCGUGGCUGACGUUCGACGGCGACGGAGACGUGGAGGAAGAGGAGGAGAUGGUGACGGCGGUGUGCAAGGAGUGUCACAUGUUGGUCAUGCUUUGUAAGACGGCGCCGACGUGUCCUAAUUGCAAGUCGGUGAGCCUUCCGGCCCCCGGUUUGGAUCAUAUGUGGUCGCCCAAUAAAGGCAGUCCACUCCUGUUGAAUUAAUUGAUUCAUUUAAUCAUACUCAUCUCCCUAGUACUCUCCGCUUAAUUAUAAUUAUUUGAGGAUUAAUUAUUAACGUGAUCAAAUAUUUGAUAUAGAGUAUAUUUAUGCCUCUUUUUUAAUUUGUCUAUUUAAAUCACAUAUACACAUUAAAAGACGUAGAUUUAU